AGUGAGGCUGCGCUGAGGCUGCGGGGCCGGAUGGCCGAGCCGCCCGCCCCGCGCACUCGGGCGGCGGCCGGCAGCGGGCGAGGACACCGGGCGAGCCCUCCCUGCCGGGAGAGCCGGCCCUGCGGCACACGGCAGCGCCAUGGUCUCAUGGAUCAUCUCCAGGCUAGUGGUGCUUAUAUUUGGAACACUUUACCCCGCGUAUUAUUCUUACAAAGCCGUGAAAUCAAAGGACAUCAAAGAAUAUGUCAAGUGGAUGAUGUACUGGAUCAUAUUCGCACUCUUCACAACAGCAGAGACAUUCACGGAUAUCUUUCUUUGCUGGUUUCCAUUCUACUAUGAACUCAAAAUAGCUUUUGUAGCUUGGCUGCUGUCUCCGUACACAAAAGGCUCCAGCCUCCUGUACAGGAAAUUUGUCCAUCCAACGCUGUCUUCAAAAGAAAAGGAGAUCGAUGACUGCCUCAUCCAGGCAAAAGACCGGAGCUACGACGCCCUUGUGCACUUUGGGAAGCGGGGGCUGAACGUUGCAGCCACGGCAGCCGUCAUGGCAGCGUCCAAGGGACAGGGAGCCCUGUCUGAGAGACUACGGAGCUUUAGCAUGCAGGACCUCUCGACGAUUCGCGGAGACAGCAGCAGCACUGUUCCUCCUUCGGUCACUGUACGAACAAGUAGCAAACAGAGCCACCCAAAACCAUCCAGAAGUGCAUCAGAAGGCACUGGCAGCUCAGUGUGCACGUGUUGCUCAGUAUGCCGACUCCUCAGAGGUGAAAUAAGUGUGGACAUUAGGUAUGAGAAGCCACCUGAGACAAACUGUGAAACAAAAGGCUCAGUGUUCUCAGAUGAUGAAGAGAACGAUUGUGCAUCCAUGAACAAAAGGCCCAAAAAGAAGGAUCAACCCCUUGAGGCACCGCCUAGGACCCUUAGACCUCGCUUCAGGAAGAAAAGUACCUCGUCCUCUGCCACUGAAACAAUGUGAGUGCAAUGAGCCAAUAGCACCAAGAUCCACAGAAUGUCUCUCUUCUGCCUUAAAGAGCUACUCGUUCAUGACCUGGGAAGCAGCAGUGGGAUGGAUGUGCUUUGAUGUGCAGCACUGCAGACAUGGCCUUUCUCCCUCCUGUCCCCGCACCCUCCUGUGACACGCUGCUGGCCUUGUCCCUGGCGUGGGUAGGACAGUCUGGCAGGCACCUGCAGGUGAGGGGUCCUGGUUUGCUUUGCAGAGUGUGCACCCACCCACAGUGUACAUUUACAGUUUCAUUUGUGUCUGCAUUGCUCUUGCUCUGUGAAUGCCCAGCGGAAACAACAAUAAUCAGUUACUCAUGAUGCUACAUUGACAGUGUAUUUAUUUAUGGCUUUAUCAUGGAUGAAGUGGAUGUGCAGAACCCAUGGAUUUCUCUUUCCUCCCUUCCUCCUCAAGACUGUGAACGAUGUAACAAAUGUCAAAGUACUUUGACUGUACAAAAUGUCCAAGAUUUGUUAGUGAAAGCUGAGCUGCAACUGCAUUUUUCUGCAAGUAAAUCACAUGUUCUGAGAAAAUCAUUGUGCUAAACCCACAAAGACAGGACCACUUACAGAGGAUGAGGAAGUGAUGUGCAAGAGAAAAAAAAUGGUUUCAGUGAUAUAAUGAAGGGGGAGUCCUAAUUUUGAUCAGCCUGAACCAGGAGAGUAUUUUGUGGAAAAUGAUGCAUAGAAGAAUAAAUCCCACCAUUUGUGGCCAAUGUUCUACUGCGAGUUUUAAAAUAUGAGCAAGCCAGGCUUCAGCAAUCUGCAGCAACAGAAAUUAGAAUCGCUUCAGUGAUGCAUUUGCAGGGGAAAACACACCUUUCUCCCCUGCUAAAACAGUGCCAGUCCCAGCAAUCUGCUCUGCUGCUGAGGGGCUGCUGUUCUGCUUGCAUGAGCACAGGAGGGUGCUGGGUCUGAGCUGCUUUGUGAAGCCUGGAGUUUCUCCUGUAGCAUGGAGUUUGGUUAGAACCGCAAGAACCAGACGGAGUGGUGCAUUUGUAUCCAUAUAUAAAUGAGAAAUACAAAAGAAGAGGAAGACAUGGUAGGGUUUGUGUAUUUGUGCUUCAAGUUGGUGUCUCUUGUAAGUGUUGAGCAUGUGAGAUUCACACAUAAGUUAAUUUUGUGACCCUUUGUGUUUGCUCUUGGACCUGUCACAUAGACUAGGAAAGCAUUUAGCUUUAGGUAGGAUGUGCCAUCACCAGUGGAUCAGCACAGGGCUUCGAUGGUGUCGCUGUUCAUCUGGCUCAGGUGCAGCAGCCCAGGGUGCCAACAGCAGCUGGAGCGUGCCAGGCUCGGAGGUGACUCUGAAGUGGCCUUUGGAACCUUUUCUCUGCUGGGUGUGCAUCCAUAUCCCAGCUGCCCAUCUGGUGGAUCCCUGAGGUCACCCCCACAGCCUCCUACACAUGUGGGGAAGAAAGAAAUAAGUUAUGCACACACAGAAAUGUUUAUCUGACCUGGCUAGGAAAUGGAAAAAGCAAGCAGGUAUUUCCUGUGUCUGCCACAGUAUUUGGCCUCAUUACCUGAGGAUUUUAUUUCCUUUACAUGUGCUGAUUCAGUCAUAUUUUGCAAAUUUUGAAAAACUCUUCAGAAAGUAAAUAAAAGAAAAAGCCAAACAAACCUGUCUAAAGAGCAGUUACAGAAGAGUCAGUCCCUGGAAGAUACUCAGCAAAAGCUUUGAGAAGCUAAGCUUAUGUAUUUUGCUUCUAAGCAGCUUUAGAGUUUAUUUGAUUUCUUUUGGCUAACAUUAAAAAGAAAUAGGAAAACUGCCUGCACUGUUGGCAGAAAAUAAGAUCCUGUUGCAAGCAAGCCAUGUUUCCCUGCUAUGCAAUGGGCUGCUGUAAGAUAAAAAAGAAGCUGACAAGUUUGCACUCAAUUAUGCCAAAUAACCCCAACAACAUAGAGCUGCAUAACAUCCAACAAGUUCUAAUCUCAGAUACGCUGUAUUAACAUUGAUUCUCACUAAAACUAUUUAAUGUGUGUCUAAUCUGCUGUUUUACUGUAAACUUGACUGUUUAGCAUUUCUUAAGUGCUGAGGUGAAAUGUUGACAAGGGAGUUGCCUUAUAUCUCUCAAAACAUUCACUGUAUAAAUGAGAAAAAAAUAAACCUUUUCAUAUCUCUGGAGAAGAAAAAAAUACAUUAUCAACAGAGCUGUAUAUUUGUGUAUAGACAGACAGACAUGUGAAUGCCUGACCUCGUGCUGCAGUGCUCUGUACAGACGAGAACAGCCACUCGCUUUGAUUCCUCAUCUCCUCGCACAGGUUGUUUACAGGGGCUGCCCCAAGUCUGUGAGUUCAGCGUUAGGGCUGCGUGUUCAUUCCGCAUCAACACCGCCCGGGAAGGCUUUUGUUCCAGCUUUUCUCUGGAGCCUGUGCCAAGGAGCGAGCCCGGCUCGGGGAAUCGCCUUCCUGCGCUGCUGCUGACCCCUCCUGGCAACGCUGGGUGUGCAGGAGCGGCACGGGAGAGGAGGCAGGGGUGGACGGACGGACGGACGGACGGACGGACGGACGGAUGGAUGGAUGGAUGGGUGGAUGGGUGGAUGGAUGGAUG